ACUAUUGCAAGAUGCUACGCUGACAUUAUGUGAAAACUUGCGACUUCAUGUGUGACCAGCUAGUAGAGUAACAGCAAUUCCAUUAGAAUUAAAGGUUUUGGCAACAUUAAGUUUCUUAAGCUCUGGAUCCUAUCAAAGAAGAGUCGGACAAGACUUUUUAAGUUGUAUGUCUCAAUCUGCAGUUAGUGGUGCAAUACAUGAAAUUAUAGAUGCUAUCAAUAUUAUAAUGCCAGACUGGAUAAACUUUCCUAGACAACUCAAUGAAAUUGAAGCCCUUCAGCAACAGUAUUGGAUUAAUACUAAUUUUCCAGGUAUCAUAGGAGCUAUUGAUGGCACACAUAUAGCGAUUUGGCCACCUGGAAGAAAUAGAGAACAUUUUUAUAUUAAUAGAAAAUUAUAUCAUUCUUUGAAUGUCAUGAUUGUGACGACAAGAGUGGAUAAAUUAACUACUUUUAGCACUACCCAGGAACAACAACGUGGACGUAGUAGUUUCCUGUUCCCUUCGGGGUGCUUGUGUCACGUCCGGGGAAGUGAGAACGUUGCUAACCUGGUUUCUGAGCUAACCUAGCCCUCGGUAGUUUAACAUCAGAUGCUCUCUUUUGAUUUAGGGUCAAUCUGCAUACAUCGACUUUACCCGGGAAUGGAGAGAGCUUGGAUCAACUUACAAUGAUGACAAAGUUAUCUUUCCGAAUCAAAACUAUGAAUGUAUAAUU